AUGAGGAAGAAAACGUCGCACAAGAAAAGUAAAAAGAGUGAUCGGAAGAGAAAGGAGUUCACUAAUCGAAAGCCACAGAGGUAUUUGGAUUAUAUCAAAUCUAUUGAAAUGCGGCAAUACGAGGACCAAAUUUUUGGUAACAGUGUAGAUUUGAACUCUUGGAAUAGUGGAGAAUUUGGGGACGGAAUGGAAGGUAGUGAGGAGGAUAUGAGACAGUGUCUGCUACUCUUCACUCAAAUUCUCUUUCCUCAAUUUACUGAUUAUCAUCAAUUCUUCAUUCAAGACAAUACGAAGGGUGUCGGCUUAGAUGACACACAGGAGGAUGAUGAUACUAACAGUGAUAAUUUGGCAUCGAUUAUCUCAACAGAUUUCAUGGAUGAUAAUUAUGGUAGCGAAGGCGACAUGAAGCAGUGUCUCCUUCUUCUUGCUCAAGUUCUCUUCCCCCAAUUCCAGCAUCGCCUUCAACAAUUUUUUACUGAGGAGGGGAGUUUUUCAGAGCAGGCUCAUAGAGGUGAGGCUCCACUUAAUGGUCAACUUGAAACUGAUGAUUUUCUUGGAAGUGAAGAGGAUAUGAAGCAAUGCCUACUUCUCCUUGCCCAAGUACUCUAUCCCCAAUUCGCCCAGCGUAUACAAAUGUGCUGUGACGAUGAGACCAGCACCUACAAUGAGGUAACUAUGACAUCCAGUGUUGGUAGAAUUACUGAAGAAACAGAUCCACUGAGUAGCAUUGAUGAUGAGAUGUAUGGCAAUGAGGAAGAUAUGAAAGAGUGCCUUCUCCACUUCGCUCAAAUUCUUUACCCUCAAUUUGCAACCUACUUGGAGGAGUGUCUGUGCGAUGAAGAUACCCUCAAUUCAGAAGAAUUCCCUUCUUCCUACAGUCAUAACACGACUUACAAAGAUGAGAGUUCAUGGGGAGUUCGCUUAGCAGUCACGUAG